AUGAGGACACAGACCGAAUCUUUGAACAAAGCUAUCCCGCAUGACAUCCUAGACGACCUCGCUACCACUAAGGCUAAUAUCACCAUUGUCCAGGUAUUCAAAACUUCUCCAGAGCAACGGAUAAAGAUGUCGAAGGGAAUGCGGCGACCGAUUAAAAAGAAGGAAAGGUAUAAUGACGCUGAAAUGGAACGGACAGAAAGCAUUCAGUAUAUCCAUGGUACUGAUAACUCAGAACUCUCCAAUGAUGUGUACGAGAUCGAAGAACAGCAAUUAGAAAACCGAAACUUCCUUUGCUGGCAUUUACGAAGGAGCCCAAUUGGAAUCCAACUGUUACUUGGGAUGAAUAUGCACAACUUCAAACUAAGUUCAACCAAAUACGGUAUCACGACUCCAGUUGGCAUUUUGACUGGGAAGGACCUGCUGAGUGCUGGUGCUGACGGAAAUUUCCUGACUCAAGACACGAAUGCCAAGACUGUUAUGAAGGACUUAUCGUCUUGGUCGAUAUUAAAUUACGAACGCCCGAUAAUCUUACUACAAUCCUCCCGGAGAGUUCCUGUGAGGACUGGUGGAUGGAAGUGGAAAAUCAACAGCUCUUUAACAAAAUCCCUUACAUCGAGAUUAAAUUCUCGAUUAGAAAGACGGUACUUGACUACCUCCAGCUCGACAGCCGAAUAA